AUGGGCGACAGUGCAGAAGCCCCCGCCCAGGAUGACGGCUCCGACCCUUCCGGCUUGAAUGGCGUCAAGGUCGUCGAUAUCGUUCCAGACGGUGAUCUCAUACUCGAUGUGACAUUUUACACCUCAAAAGAUGUCCUGCAAGCCGCGCGUAAGGCGGCCAGGAAAACGGUCCCGUCGGUUCCCAAGGAGCUGCCACAGCCGACGCUGAGGUCAACCGUCCGCGUCGCCUACCGCGUGCACCUGGCCGUCCUGCGCCAGCAGUCCAAGUACUUCGACAACCUCCUUGGCGACAAGCGAUUUGCUGAGGCAAAGUCGAUCGAGUCUGCUCUACAACGGCUCUCCCUGCAAGGCAUAAAGCCCGAAAAUGCCAGUCCAACCGACUUGCCUGUGGUAAAGAUCCACGAAGAUGACGAGACUACGCGCUCCGUAGGCCGCGAGGGCAUCUUCGAGGAUCUUCUGCGCAUCUUGCAUAGGAAGCAAUCCACUACCAACACCAAGCAUGUGUCCAUGCACUACCUGGCUGUCCUAGCCGUGUUGGCCGACAGAUUUGCCUCCACGGGGAUCGUGUCCCGCUAUGUGAGCGCGCUCAAGUACAAGUGGCCGGCCACUCAAACGCGGCUAGGCAAGAAUGACGGCCCGACCUUGUCCCGUGCCGCUGAGGAGACGCUGCGGCAGAAGAUUUUGGUGGCAUGGCUGUUGGAUCAGCCGCCUAAGCUGAUGACUUCUACACGGGAGCUGAUUAUGUAUGGCUCCCGGAGAUGGCGGACCUUCGGCGAUGAGGAGGACGAGGAGGACGAGGAGGUUGGACAUGCUGCGUGGUGGGAUCUCCCCGAUGAUUUGGAGAGGGAGCUCCACUACCGCCGGGACUGCAUCCUCAACACCCUAGCCUCCAUCCCACGCCACUUCCUUCGCCUCUACACCUCUCGCACACGCCAAUGCUCCCUCGGCUAUGACACCUCCCCCGCUUGUGACUCCUUCCAGCUGGGCGAGAUGAUCAAGUUCUUCGUGUCCCGAGACCUCCUCUUCUUAGUGGACUUCUCCCCCCAUUCUCUCGACACCAUCCGCGACUUUGCCGCUACCGAUCUAGGACACGUCAUCGCUUCCCUCAGGCAGUGUCCUUCGUAUCCACUCGAUAAAUAUCACACUAGUUGUGGCCUUCGGAUGAGGAUCCUGCCCAUAGUGGAUUUUGUCCAGGCUAUGUUGUCGAGUAGUGCCGUCGCUAUUGGCCGGGUAUCAUGGCUUAAGGCACGUGAGGCGACGAGUUGGAUGCCGAGAGAUAAUGGAAAAAGAGAGAAGAGAGUGUUUCGGUUCACUAGGGGCAUCGCGACGGAUCAGAGGCUGAGGUAUGAGGGGGCUAUGGCUACGGAGCGUAUUGCGAGGGAGUUGUUUACGGCAGAUGAGUGGGAUUGGACGCCGGAGGAGGAUCAGGGGAGGGAAGAGGGGAUGGGGAGGUGGAGGUUUGGGUGA